CCAAACGAAUCUCACUGCUUUCCUUCCAUAGUUCCUAAGACACUUGCUCUAUAUAGUCAUGACUUGCAUUGCUCAUUAUAUAUUUAUAUUUAUAUAGAAACCAAUAUUUAUUUAUUCAUUAUUGAUAUGAUGGCUCCAAAUCGGCUGGUAGUUUGAUUUCAUCUGUUUAUUUCUUCAUUUUCUUGGAUCAACUCACAUGGCAGCGAGAACAGACACGAAGAAGAAAAUAACCGAAAUCGGGCCGCGUGGUGGGCCUGGAGGCCGUGCUUGGGAUGAUGGGAAUUCUUACGAUGGAAUAAGAGAGAUAACAGUGGCUCACGGACAUUGCAUCGACUCCAUUACUGUAGUUUACGAUAAGCAUGGCAAAGCAUCUCCUGCUGAAAAACAUGGAGAAGAUGGUGCCAUCGGGGUGCCAAAACCACAUGUCACAACGGUUAAACUACAAUAUCCAGAGGAAUACCUAAUAAGUGUGAGGGGAUAUUAUGGACAACAUCAUGGAAGCCUUGUGAUACGGGCUCUCACCUUUACAAGCAAUAGGACAACAUAUGGUCCAUUCGGGAUAGAAGAAGGAGAGCCGUUUUCAUUAUCCGUUAAAGGAGGCACAAGGAUCAUCGGGUUCAAGGGAAAGAGUGGAUGGUAUGUUGACUCAAUCACCUGCUAUGUUUCCCACCUUCCACCUCCCAAAGGCUGCAACGCAUUUCAAACAUUUCACAAAUCACUCAAGAAAUUGGCCGGCACUGUGCGUGGUGAGGGUGACCACCCGAUCAGAAAAAGGAAUUUGGCAUCUCCAAAAUAUUAAUAACUGGGAAAAUAAUAAAUUUAAAAAAUAAUGGCCAUCACUGAUAACAAAUGAUAAUAUGCAUUUGAAAAUAAUAUUUAUUUGAGUGUUUGUUAUAAGUUAUUGAUCAUGAGCUAAAUGAUUUAUAUUCUGGAAGUGACUUGUCAUUUUUUGUUAUAUAUUCAAAUAGUUAAUAAUAUUAAAAAUUAUUUCAAAAGUGGGUAUUAUUAUUAAUUUAUGAGUGAUAGUUCAUACAAGAGAGAAUUGUCCGAAUGGGACUAAAACAUCCUAAAUUUGCAAAAAUAAGACACUAAGUUUACUCUUCCUUAAAUAGGACUCUUAAUUAAUGAUUAGACAAAUUUGCCCUUAUUGAAAUAAAAGCCCCUGCAUCUGCAUGGAUGAGUCCUUGCAGCGAGACCUCCAGACCACCAACACCACGCAUACCCUUUUUUCCAGCCACUAACGCCAAGACUGCCGCUGCCACUGCCCAGCAAGGCCCAACAAGGUCGCCGCUGCCAUUGCCCAGUAAGGCCGCCCCCGCCACUGCCUAGCAAGGCCGCCGCCACUGCAUAGCAAGGCCGCCGCCGCCACUGCCCAAUGAAGACGCCGCCAUCAUCGCCGAUUGAUAGAUCAAAAAAUAAAAAAGCAGAGGAUCUGGAAGAGAAUGAGAAGAAGAAGGUUGAAGAUAGAGGAGGGAAAGAAACUUAGAAACUUACCUGGUUUCGCCAGAAAAUCACCGAACAGGUAUCACCAAAUAGGUGUGUCGCUGCGAUCCAUGGUGGUGAGAAAAAUCGCAGGGGAAGAGACAAGGAGGCUAGUCAAUGGUGUUCAAUGCAGAGGGAGAGAUGUCGUCAUUGAAUCUGACGGAGAUGAGCUGGGCUUUUGGGUUUAGUUAGAAGAAGGGCAAAAAUGUAAUCCGGAGUCCUAUUUUGGAAAUUAUAAACUUGUAGUCUUGUUUUGGAAUUUACUUAAUGUUUUAGUCCCAUUUAAGGCAAAUUCUUUUCAUACAAAGGACAUUUAGAUUAUUUAAUUUGAAAUUGAAUCAUCUCAGACACUGACUUGAUAUGUAAACUUGAACAAACGAAUUGAAGAAGUGAAGGCGUCCCAAUAAAA